AUGCAACGGGGGACUCUCGGGGCGUCCCCCCCAUUGCACCACCCAGUGCCGCAACACGUUUCCACAGUCCCUCAGCUGAGGUCGCCGCCGCCGCCGCCUGGUUCCGCGCAGUCACUGGGCCAAGGCUUUGGCGGUGCCGCCGGGACGCCGUAUCAGCAGCAAGGAGGCAGCAGCGGCAACGUCUUCGGCUCCUACGGACAGUUCAUGAACGAUCCCACAGCUCAGAUUGCGGCGCAAUUCGGCCAGACCGCCUUCAAGCACGGCCAGGACUAUGUCGAGCAAAACUUUGGCCGAUUUGUCAACGUUUCCGCGCUGAAACAUUACUUCAACGUGUCCAACUCGUACGUUGUCAACAAGCUAUUCCUCGUCCUGUUCCCCUGGAGGCACAAGCCAUGGUCGCGGAAGCAGGCUGUCGGAGCCAACGGUCAGGACGGAUGGUACCUGCCUCCUCGGGAGGACGUCAACAGUCCCGACAUGUACAUUCCAGUCAUGGCUCUCGUGACGUAUAUUCUCCUGUCGACGUUGAUCGCCGGUCUCAAGGGUCAGUUCAAACCGGAGCUGCUCGGAUACACUGCCACCACAGGCAUGGUGGUUGUCAUUGUCGAGAUUGUGGCCUUGAAACUGGGGUGCUAUCUCCUCAGCAUUUCCAGCCAGUCCCAGCUUCUCGACCUCAUUGCCUACUCGGGCUACAAGUUUGUCGGAAUCAUUGUCACCAUUGUGGUCGCUGAGAUCCUCAACAGAGGCAAAGGCACCGGCGGCUGGAUCGGCUGGGCCGUCUUUCUCUACACCUUUCUGGCUAAUUCGUUGUUCCUGAUGCGAUCGUUGAGAUAUGUCCUUCUUCCCGAGAUAGCCGGCAGCACGAGCGGCCCGAUGCAGACCGACUCCCGUGCGAAACGCAACCAGAGGACCCAGUUCCUCUUCUUCUACUCUUACAUUGUGCAGCUCUUCUUCAUGUGGGUUCUUACCCGGGGAAUCUAG